UGAAAAAUAACAAUCAAGAUAUAAUUCCUUUUGAUAAAUUUCUAGUGGUUAGAUUAUCGAAAAGAUGGGAUUUCGGGAUUUUUAAAGAUGCGAGAUGGAAAGAUUCUAAAGAGAGAGUUGCAUUAUUAUUUCCGAAAGAAAAUAACCAAUUUUCAAAGGUUAGCGAUGAAAUUUUAAAGUUAAAAGAUUUAAACCAUAACAAUAUAAUCAGAUUUUAUGGAGUAACUUAUGACAAAGAAAAUGAAACAGUAAUGUUUGCAUUGCAACUUACUGCUGAAAGCCUGUGUGAAUAUUUGACCAACCAUUCACAUCCAAUUAAUCAAACUGACAAAUUGAAUACAAUUAAUCAAACUGACAAAUUGAAUAUCGCGAAAGAUGUAGCCAGUGGAUUAGAAUUUUUACAUAAACAUAGCAUAGUCCAGGGAGAUUUA